AUACUCUGAAUCGAUAAAACAAAACAAAAAAGAAUCUUCAUCAAUCAUACACACUCAACAGUUCCAAUCCACAGGUUCCAAAUCAACAAUAAAUACCACACAACACAUACAUUUUCAUAUCCCAGAAUCAAAACCAAAAAAAGCCAUAGAUUCAUACACUGUCUCAAUAACCAUUUCAUUCACAGAACUUUGGUGACAACCUUAAUGAUGCAGAUUCUCAAGUCUCUUCAAAUUGUUCUGCUGCUAAUAUUCUGCAGUAGACACAUAACAGCACAAACCAAAAACACAUACAUAAUUCACAUGGACAAAUCCACCAUGCCAGAAACAUUCACUGAUCACCUUAACUGGUUCGAUACAUCGCUAAAAUCAGUAUCAGAAACAGCAGAGAUUCUAUACACAUACAAACACAUAGCUCAUGGAUACUCCACAAGACUAACUAACCAAGAAGCCGAAACACUUUCAAAACAGCCCGGAAUUCUCGAUGUUAUACCUGAACUCAGAUACCAACUUCACACAACAAGAACACCACAGUUCCUUGGUUUGCCAAAAACAAACACUCUUUUACCUCACUCUAGACAACAAAGUCAAGUAAUCAUUGGUAUUCUUGACACUGGUAUAUGGCCAGAGCUAAAAAGCUUAGAUGACACAGGACUAGGUCCAAUACCAAGUAAUUGGAAAGGUGUAUGUGAAACUGGUAACAACAUGAAUUCAUCACACUGCAACAAAAAACUCAUAGGUGCAAGGUUUUUCUUAAAAGGGUAUGAAGCAGCACUUGGUCCAAUAGAUGAAACAACAGAAUCAAAAUCAGCUAGAGAUGAUGAUGGACAUGGAAGUCACACAUUAACAACAGCAGCAGGUUCUGUUGUAGCAGAAGCUAGCUUAUUUGGUUUAGCUUCUGGUACAGCAAGAGGCAUGGCUACUGAAGCGCGUGUCGCAGCUUACAAGGUGUGCUGGCUUAGUGGUUGUUUCACUUCAGACAUAGCUGCUGGAAUGGAUAAAGCUAUAGAAGAUGGUGUUAACAUCUUAUCUAUGUCAAUUGGUGGUAGCAUAAUGGAUUACUACAGAGACAUAAUUGCAAUUGGUGCUUUCACAGCAAUGUCUCAUGGAAUUCUAGUUUCAUCUUCAGCAGGAAAUGGUGGACCAAGUGCUGAAAGCUUGUCAAAUGUAGCACCAUGGAUAACAACUGUUGGUGCCGGAACAAUUGACCGCGAUUUUCCUAGUUAUAUAACACUUGGAAAUGGAAAAACUUACACUGGUGCAUCACUUUACAAUGGAAAACCUUCAUCUGAUUCAUUGCUUCCAGUUGUUUAUGCAGGAAAUGUUAGUGAAUCCUCAGUUGGGUAUCUUUGUAUACCUGAUUCUUUAACAAGUUCAAAAGUUUUAGGUAAAAUUGUGAUAUGUGAAAGAGGUGGAAACUCAAGAGUUGAAAAGGGUCUUGUUGUAAAAAAUGCUGGUGGAGUUGGAAUGAUUUUGGUAAACAAUGAAGCAUAUGGUGAAGAGUUAAUUGCUGAUUCUCAUCUUCUACCAGCAGCAGCAUUGGGUCAAAAAUCAAGCACUGUUUUAAAAGACUACGUUUUUACUACGAAAAAUCCAAGAGCUAAACUUGUUUUUGGGGGCACACACUUACAAGUUCAACCUUCACCAGUGGUAGCAGCAUUCAGUUCAAGAGGACCAAAUAGUUUAACACCAAAGAUUCUCAAACCGGAUUUAAUAGCUCCAGGUGUAAACAUUUUAGCCGGUUGGACCGGUGCAGUUGGUCCAACCGGCUUAGCUCUUGAUAAGAGGCACGUGAAUUUCAACAUUAUAUCGGGAACUUCCAUGUCAUGUCCUCACGCGAGUGGUUUAGCUGCUAUAGUUAAAGGUGCUUACCCCGAAUGGAGCCCUGCUGCUAUACGGUCAGCACUAAUGACCACAGCAUACACCUCGUACAAAAAUGGACAAACAAUUGUAGAUGUUGCAACCGGGAAACCGGCUACUCCCUUUGAUUUUGGAUCCGGACACGUGGAUCCUGUAUCUGCCCUUGAUCCUGGUCUUGUUUAUGACAUCAACGUCGAUGACUAUCUUGGAUUUUUUUGUGCCUUAAACUACACGUCAUAUCAGAUCAAACUGGCUGCAAGGAGAGAGUUUACUUGUGAUGCAAGGAAGAAAUACAGGGUUGAAGAUUUUAACUAUCCUUCUUUUGCUGUUGCUUUGGAAACUGCUUCGGGAAUUGGUGGUGGUUCAAAUAAACCGAUAAUUGUUGAAUACAAUAGGGUUCUUACGAAUGUGGGAGCUCCAGGAACGUAUAAUGCUACGGUGGUGUUGUCAUCGGUAGAUUCUUCGUCGGUGAAGGUUGUUGUGGAACCAGAGACUAUUAGUUUUAAGGAGGUGUAUGAGAAGAAGGGUUAUAAAGUGAGGUUCAUUUGUGGCUCAAUGCCUUCUGGAACUAAGAGUUUCGGUUAUUUGGAAUGGAAUGAUGGGAAGCAUAAGGUUGGGAGUCCAAUUGCAUUUAGUUGGACUUGAGAUUUGUGAUAUAUGAAGCACAGACACUCCUCGGAUUAGAUGUGUGCGUGUCCGACAUCGACACGACACCGACACUUUUAAUUACACUGAAUUAUGUUAUUUUCUUAAAUUAUUAGCGGUGUCGGCGUGUUAGUGUCCGUGUCGUGUCCGGAUCUGUAUACGUGCCUCAUAGUUUGUGAUGUUGUUUAUGGGCUGAAACUAACUACUGAUGGGCUUUGGAAUACUUGCAAAUACGGCCCAUGAAAGUUGCUCUUGUAACGGAACAAAACAGAGUGAAGGGAUUGUGAAAGUGUUGUGUCUCUUUGCUGUUUCUCUUUGUUAUUAGGCAAAAGGUGGAAAUGAACACUGAUAAGGAAUUAUAAUUCUUGUACAUGAACAAAACUAUGUAAAUGUGUAAUGGCUCAUCUCCAGUGUAAUAGUUGCUUUGAAUUGUGUAUUCUAUCUUCUCAUGCAAUUAUAUAGUCCUAUAUUUACUGCGUUA